AUGGUCGCAAAAGACGGUUCGCUCUCGACACUCGUCUCGCUCAUCUCGGACGCUACAGCCAUCGUCGAGGCGCAUUUCAAAGCCUCUUCGAAGCCGUACGUGCCCUCUCUGGACGACACGGAGGAGCACCCGCUGGACACGCAGCUCUACACGCCAGAGCUGCGGAAAGCAGUUCAGACCAUCGAGGCAGCUUGCGCACAGUUAUGCGCAACCGUCGCUAAACCGAAUCGGUCGGUUGUAAACCUUUAUUCACCGCACUGCUUGAACGUCGCGCUUCGCUUCAAGAUUGCCGAUGUCCUCUUGAAUAAGCCGGAGGGGAUGCAUAUCUCGGAGUUAUCCUCCAAAGUCGGGGUUGAUGCUAAUAAACUCGGAAGGAUCCUUCGGUUGCUUGUUACGAGACAUAUCUUCCGUGAAGCUUCGACGGAUGUCUUUGCGAACAACCGCUUGAGCAUGCAGUUACUCUCAACCAACCCCUUGUGGAAUCUAGGAUGUCACUUCACCGAGGAAAGCGGUAAAUGCGCGGGAGCGUUGACCGAGGUACUCAAGGAUCCGGAGUGGGGAAGCUCGAGGGACCCCCGGCAGACUGCCCUCAACCGCUACACCGGGUUUGAAGGUGACUUGUUUGAGUAUUUCGAAUCGGGUACGCCUGCUGGUGCAGAAAUGGGCGCUCAGUUCGGUAUUGCGAUGAUGGGCUGGGGCUCGGCGACUGAAGCAGGCAACGUCGUCCACGAGUACCCAUGGAAUAAACUCCCGAAAGGCGCCUCCGUGUGCGACGUAGGCGGGGGUGUUGGGAAUAUCACGAUGCAAUUGGCCAAGGCUCACCCGCAUUUGCAGUUGAAGUUGCAGGAUAUACCGGAGAGGAUUCGGCAGGCGAGGGAGGAGGUGUGGCCUUUGAAGUGCCCCGAGGCGAUCGAACAGGGAAGGAUUGAGUUUCAGGCUAUGGAUUUCUUUUCCGAGGCGCCUAUUCCUGGGUGUGAUAUUUAUUAUCUUAAGAAUAUUAUUCAUGACUGGCCGAAUGAUGACUGCGUCAAGAUCCUCAAAGGUGUCCGUCAAGCCAUGGCUCCGCACAGCCGCGUCCUAAUCCACGAAUUCAUAAUCCAACACGCGAACCGCGCGCACUCCAAAGAAGUCGUGCAACCGCAAGCCCCGGAGCCGCUCCUACCCAACUACGGCAUCGGGCGUAUCCGCCAAUACAACCUCGACAUUGUUAUGAUGUCGUUAUUGAAUGCGCAGGAGCGGACGUUGGAGGAUUUUGUGGCGUUGGCGCAGAAGGCGGAUUUGAGGUUUGUGAGGUUGUGGGAUUUCGGGGAGAUGGCGGCUGUGGAGUUUAGGGCGGGGGUUGGGGUGCUUUAG